CCCCUCCCCAACAGACAGUGUUACAUUAACCCACCACAGGGACGGCGUGAGCGCCUCCUGCAGCUAUGCCAAUAGGAAGCCCGCAAUGCGAACAAGAUGAAUGAUGAGAGGCAAAAUAAUUCCACCUCCUGCAUCAGGGUGAAGAUCCCCUCUGUCCACGUGGAACUCAAACCUGGUGACCUGAUUGAGAUCUUCCGCUCAUGCUACCAGCACUGGGCCAUCUACGUUGGUGAUGGCAAAGUCGUCCAUCUGGCUCCUCCUUGUGAGCACCCCAUGGACGGCGUUGCCAGCGUCCUGGCUGCCCUGUCCGACAGAGCCUACGUGAAGAAGGACCGGCUGGAGGUCGUGGUGCGCAAGGACCGCUACCGCGUGAACAACAAGCAUGAUGAAACACACCCUCCGCUGCCCGUCUCCAAGAUCUCCCAAGGUGAGCACCCCAUGGACGGCGUUGCCAGCGUCCUGGCUGCCCUGUCCGACAGAGCCUACGUGAAGAAGGACCGGCUGGAGGUCGUGGUGCGCAAGGACCGCUACCGCGUGAACAACAAGCAUGAUGAAACACACCCUCCGCUGCCCGUCUCCAAGAUCGUCCGGCGGGCCAAGCGGCUGGUGGGGACGGGGACGCCCUUCAAACCCACAAGCAGCUGCAUGCCAGUGCUAGAUAAGGGAUACCUGUAUAAACAGCCUCCACCCAGUGACGGCUUCAUCUCAGAUGUGAAUGGAAUAACCACCGCUAACUCUCUUCCCUCUGCCAACGGCAUGGCAGAGGUGAGGAAAGAUCGCCUCCAAGAUGUGGUGAGGAACUGCAACUAUUGGGUCAACAACAAGUAUGAUGAGAGGCAGAAGCCUUUUGCAGUGAAGGAAAUCAUAAAGCGGGCAAUCAAAAGGGUUGGGGAGAAAAUGAGAUAUGAAGUCUUCUCUCAGAACUGUGAACACUUUGUUACCGAGGUGCGCUACAACAAAGCAAUGUGCGACCAG